AUGUGCAACCCCGGCUACGUCGAGGUCGUCGCCGGCGCGGCGCCGAGCAAGGACGCCGUCGCCACGGCCGUCAGCGGCCUCAGCGUCGAGUGGAGCGCCCUGACGGUCUGCGUGGGCCCGAAGCGCGCGGAGGUGCUCCACGGGCUCACGGGCCGCGCGGACCGCGGCGCGCUCACGGCCGUGCUCGGGCCCUCCGGGUCCGGCAAGAGCACGCUCCUUGCGGCGAUCUCGUCGCGCUUCGAGCGGAAAGUAGUCGUCACGGGCGGGUCCCUGCGCUACGACGGCGCGGCGUGGUCGCGGAGCGCGCACAAGCGCCGCCUCGCCUUCGUGGAGCAGGAGGACACGCUCCUCGGCGACCUCACGGUGCGGCAGACUUUGCGCUUCGCGGCGGAGCUCCGCGGCGCCGCGGACCCGGCGGCGCGAGCGGCCGCGGCCGUCGCCGCGCUCGGGCUCGAGUCCUGCGCGGACCAGCCCAUCGGCGGCGCGAACAUCCAGCGCGAGAUCUCCGGCGGCCAGCGGCGCCGCGUGUCCAUCGGCCACGAGCUGCUCCUCGACCCGGACCUCGUCCUGCUCGACGAGCCGACGUCGGGCUCGGAUCGGCGCUUGGAUUCGUUCGCGGCCGCGCGCCUCUUCCAGCUGCUCAAGACCAUGGUCCGCGACGGCCGGACGGUGCUGGCCACUUUGCACCAGCCGACGGACGCCAUGUUCUACGCCUUCGACGAGCUCCACUUGUUAUUGGACGGCGCCGCGGCCUACGCCGGCCCCGCGGACGGCGCGAUCGACGCGCUCUGCGCGAAGCGCGCGCGGCCCCGCGGCACGCCCUGCGCGGACCACCUGCUGGACGUGCUGUGCACGGGCGACUUCGACGCCGUCGCGAAGGCGCCGGCGGCCGCGGCGGUCGCCGUCGCGGUCGCGGCGCCCGCGGCGGACGGCGGCGUGCUCCCCUGGACGGCGCAGUACGCGAUCCUCUUCCGCCGGAGCUGGCUCGCGCACCGCCUCGACUUGAUCGACCCCAUGUUCCUCGCGAACAUCGGCUCCAUCACGCUGCUCUGCGCGGCGCUCUGGAGCGGCCGCGCGGCCGUGCGCCCGCGCACGGACGCGUCCGUGGAGGACACGGUGGGGCUGCUCUUCCUGCAGCCCGUGUACUGGGGGUUCCAGAUGAUGAUCCAGGCGCUCUUCGCGUUCCCGCCCGCGCACGACGUGCUCGUCAAGGAGCGCGCGGCGGGCCUGUACUCCGUGUCGGCGUUCUUCUGCGCGCGGACGACGGUGGACACGGUGUCCGCGUGCCUCGUGUCGCCGCUCUUCGCCCUGCUCUACUACUUCGCCGUGGGUCUGCGGCCCGCGAAGCUCCCGUGGCACUGCCUCGUGCUCUUCUGCAACGGCCUCGCGGCGCAGUCCGCGGGGUUGGCCAUCGGCGCGUGGAUCGCGGACCUGAAACGCGCGGCGACCUUCGAGACCGUGUUCAUGUUGACGACGAUGAUGUGCGGCGGGUUUUACGUCGCCAACGUGCCCGCCUGGCUCGACUGGCUCGGCUAUUUGUCCUUCACCAAGUACUCGUUCUCGGCGAUGCUGAAGGUCGAGUUCCGCGGCGCGUCCUACGUCGACGGCGGCGAGCGCCGCGACGUCGGCGACCACACGGGCCUCAACGUGCAGGUGCUCCAGAAGCCGCUCUACGUCGACGUGCUCGCGCUGCUCGCCUUCGCCGCGGGCUUCCGCGUCCUCUCGUUCGUCGGGCUCAAGCGGAACACGUAG